AUGGAUAUAGAACGUCAAAUAGAUGAAUUUGUUUUGCCAGGUGAUCCAAUUGCUCUUUCAACUUUACCAAGUCCACUUGAUGCAUGUAACUCGAUAAUACUUGGCCCUGGUUUACAUUAUGAUAAAGAUACAAAUGCAUUUACAUCACAUGGAUGUGGUCUUGUACGUGAACCAUCACCAUUAAUAUACUAUGUUGAUGGUCAUCGUUCUGCAGCUUCGUCAUUAUCAACGGAUGAUCUUAUUCUUGGUAUUGUCGUACGUCGUCAACUUGAAUCAUUACUUGUUGAUAUUGGUUACAAUGAAUUAGCUUCUUUAUCACUAUAUGAUUUUGAAGGCUCAACAAAACGAACAAAGCCAAAUGUAGAUCGUGGUGAUGUUAUUUAUGGUCGAUUGAAAAUUGAUGGUGAAUGUCAACCGCAAAUAACAUGUGUUAAUGAAGAUGGAAAAGCUGAUGGAAUGGGUGUUUUACAUGAAAAUGGAUAUUUAUUUUCCAUUCCAAUUGAUGUUGCCAAUGAUUUAAUUCAUCAUGAUAAUCUAUUACAAGAAUUAGGAAAUGAAAUUCCAUAUGAAAUCGCUAUUGGAGCUAAUGGACGUGUGUGGAUAAAAGCAACAACAACAAGAACAAUGAUUGCAUUGAGGAAAGUGAUAUUAGAAAGAGCAAAGAAUAAGAUUGAUAUUAAUCAAUUGAAAGCACUUUUUCAACAAAGUUUUGUUUCAUAA